CAAUGUGGCUUCAAAAUCAUGGAAGGACCAGCGCAAACAAGAGAAGGCUCUCAGACGCCUCCACCAGCUCGCACAGCUGCAACAGGAUACUCAACAAGGAAGGACAUAUGGACUAAGAAGUGCAGUCAGGGCUGUGAGUCAGCAGCAAGAUAAAGGAGACAUGGACCAAAGAGACCACAGCCCUGAGGACAAACCUGAAUCACACACCCAGAGACCCCCUCCUGUCAACCACCUGCCAGAAGAUCCAUACCAAUCUCCUUCCCAAAUACAGCUGGCCACUACUUUGACAAAGUCUCCACUAAUCACACAUGCGGCAACCAAUACAGGCCCUCCUGCAGCGAACACCCAGUCCUGCCUGGGCUUGUAUCCACAGCAGCCUCUCCCUGGGCGGGGUAGAGCUGGAGGCAGACUUGGGGUGUCCUUCUGCUUCUCACGCAGGGGGCCCAGGCUUGAGCCUUCUGCCUCCGUCUUCUCGGACCUGGAAGAAGAGGAGAGAGAGAAAAGGGAACAAAUCAAAGAAAGGAUAAAGGGAAUAAUGGAAGAUAUUGACAGAGAAAUUGGGGAAGUAGAGGAAAGGAAACACAAUGAAAGUGAAAAGCUCAAGUCCAGCUCCAGCUCUGAUAUUGUUGGACCGAGCAACAUGGUGCCAAUCCCCAGAGAGGCUGCCAGAGAAGAGGAGGAGAUUGAAAAAAGAGACACAGUAAAAGAACACUCUCCUAUUUCCACAGCAGCACCUGAUAAUCUGAACCACGUUUCACAGACCGAGGUGACCAUAUGGGGCACAGCACUAGCAGGGGCACACAUGGACACUGAACACACAGACAGUGAUACAGAGAGAAAGCAAGAAACAGAGGGGGGCAGGGAGGAGAAUCAGUAUAUGUGUGUGCUGGGGAAAGAUGGCUCCACCUGCCUUAGAUGGCCUGUCAGUUUGCUUAAGUUCACCAAGUCUCAACCACACAUCUGCUACAGCUGCAACCCACUCUGCUUGAACCCCCGACGGCCAGAACAACUCGCAGAGGAUCUGCAAGAGUCACAACAAAAUCAGCUGUGUGCACUCUCACAUGAAUCAAAGCAACGUGUGCUAGCUAUUCUUACACCAGACGCUCAUUCUUGUUUACAAAGACAGACAAGACAAGAGCUGAGAGCAGCACAGAGACAUGAGAAAGCUGAGGAGAAUUUCAAGGCAGAACAACAUUUCGAUGUUGAGACAGAAGAACACCUGUUCCUGAAGAACAAAAACCUUUCAUCAUCAGAAACAAGACCAGAAAGAGGAGGAUGCACACUAAGUAUUGAGAAUUGUGUGAGGGCUGCCUCCCAUCCGUUUGACCCCGCUCAUAGUGACAGCUCUGACACAAACUCCCAGAAUCCUCUGGGAGGCAGAUUAGGGGGUGUGAGAGGGAUCAGGGAGAGAGCCAUCACAUCCCUGAGCUGUAAAUCAGAGUCUGUCAUACAGCCUGGCACACAUGGGAUAUGCAUCAGCCCGUCCAGGUGCGAGUGUAGGAGUGAGACAAUGUGCAAGUGUGCCAGAGCUCCACAGCCGUAUGUGGGUGUCUCAGAAGUGUCACGCAAAAAGAGGAGAGCCAGCACAAAGACACACAAGCUGGGGAAGAGGAAAAGGGGCGCGAAGGAGAAAGCUUCAAACAAGCGGCAAUCAGCAAGGUGCAAAGUGAGGAGUGUUGUCUCUACGGUCUCUACUGGCAAAGAGAGGAGAGGAGAAGCUGGGGGGAGCUUGGGGAAGAAAAGGAGGCAAGAGAAGAUGGGGGAGACGAGGAUGAAGAGGAGGAGGGUGCAUAGAGCAGGGAGCAGCUGUCUCCUGGGGAGAUGUGAGGCCGAGCCAGUAUCUGUCUCUGUCAGGAAGAGGAGGCCUCACAGGAGCCACAGUACUGAAUCCCAGUCACAGCCAGACAGAGAGCAGGCAGAGCACUGCAGUGCCUACUCCCAGCUCACCAGACACACAGCAGACAGAGACACCAAGGGGGGGGACGAGCGAGACGAAGAUGCAGUGACUUUUCCCUGGCGGUCUCACUUCUCCUUACACUCUUUCUCUCCAGGAUGCAACUCGAAGCUGUUUUGGGAAAGAGGUCACCAUAGCAACCCCAGGAGUUUCAUUGACUGCUGUUACCCUGACAACAGCUGUGGUUGCAGCCCGGCGAGAAAGAGAAAACUCCUCCACAGGGACAGGAAAUUCAUUCAUAGUAAGAGGAAGAGUCUGAGGCAUUGUGAAGCCUGGGAGGAGACAGAGAGGGGCAGGAAAAUGGGAGGGCGUGCAGGUUGCAGAGACAGGGGCUUGAUUUCAGAUACAGAACAGUGGGAGUGGAUGAGAGGAAGCUGUCCUGGAGGCAGUGAGGAGGGUAGGUCAAGGUCUGGGUGGAGAUCCAGAAACAGAGCAGUGGAGUGGGAUCGCUUGGCAAGAUUUAGCCCCAGCCCUAACAGCUGGGGCAGGAGAAGCAGACAUCUUAGUACAGAAGAUGUAGACUGGGACAGGUGCAGCGUAGACAGAUGGACAUGGGGUAGCAGCGACAGCUGGGAAGAAAGGGGGACACAUAGAUCCACGUCAGGCUCCAGGACAGGGGCAGACAGCAGAGACAGCCCAGGCUAUGUGUGGAAGUGUACAGGCAGCAGACACUCAAGCUCGAGACACUUCUCCAGCCCCGAGUGGUGGACAAGUAGGCAGACGUACAGCCCCCAGAGUGCAAUCAACACACGAGGCAGCAGAUGCUAUAGUCCGCGCUCCUGCAGCCCCUGCAGCAGCACCAGCAUGUCUGAGCUCAGCUGGGAAUGGAGCAGGAGCAGUACCUGCUCAGGAGUCAUAAUGGAUGGAUUGACAGGAUCCUCCAGGACAUCCUCAGGAGCUCCAGGACUGUCACCAGAGACCCCUCAGGAGGCAAAGAAGCAGAGCAGCCCAACGUCCACUCCAUCCGGCCUUACCUCUAGCUCGUCCUCUCCUUCUUCGCCCCAUCGAUCCUCUUUAGCUCCCGCAAUCCAAGGCCUCAACACGCAUUGUGACACAAGUUCUUCUAAACUCAAGAAGCCUAAUUCACAGUCUGACCUUGGUCAUGGGGCUUCUGUCACAACAAACCAGUCAAGAGCAACUCCAGGGCCAUCUCCCAAUAAAUCUGGGCCACAGAAAUCCGCCAGGAUGUUGCUUCUCCCACUCAUAGGGAAACUACCUGCAAUCCAGAAAAAGGCUAGGAGGAAAAAAGACCUGCUGGAGAAGAGUCAGGAGAAGGAGGGAGAGGAGGAAGAGGAAGCUAAGGGCAGUGGAGGGGAUCCUGGAGCAGUCGCCAGCAGUCAAAAAUGUUCUCUGGACAUGACUGAGUCAAACACCAGCAGCACGCCUAAUCUCUGCCUGUCACAGACUGAUGACAGACAGACAGGUGGACAGACAGCUCCACCAAUCAGCUUUACCGCUGAGGAAAUGGACAAAUAUCGUCUCCUGCAAGAGCAGGCGAGAGAGCACAUGCAGAAAGUCCUGGAACAGACACAAGAGAGCACAGAUACACACAUAGAGACAAACUACACGCACACAGUACAGACAGACAACUGUGGGACAUCAGAGGAACAAUACACACCUGCACCACUGCACAACCCUUCACAGCCUCAAAACCAGUCCAUUCACACAGACAUGAUGCAAACACAAGCACAGCACUCCCUCCAGGUCAGCCUCCCACUUCCACAUGUGACCCCACAAGAGAACUUUACUCAACCCAUGGCUCUGGGAGUCCCAAACCUCCCCCCUCUUCCACCAUCACCCCCCCUCUCCAGCCUCCAUCAUAUCAUUUUACAACACACAGCCCUCUCCAUGCCCCCCUCAUCCUCAGCCUCAUCCACCCCAUCGUCCUCUUCCGCCAUUCAUCCACACCCAGCUCAGCUCCCUCACACUCUGCCCCCUCUCCACCCAUCCCUCCCCCAUCACCUUCACCUCUCCCCAUUCUCCAUAUCCUCCCUGUUUCCCUCCAUCCUGUUGUCCCAUCAUCCUAUCCCUCUCCUCCACCAGUCUCCGGCUUUUCACACAACCCCACUCGCUCCACUCUCCCCGGUAGCCCUUCAACCCUUGAACCCACAGCCUUUCAUGGACAGAGCGUGGCCAGUGAGGUUUCAACAGAAGGCGUUGUGAUUUUGACAGAGUGGCCAGAAUAUUUAUUAAUCUUCUGUGAGAGACAGAGAGGGAGGGGUAGGGAUAAACGGCUGUUAUUUGAAAUGGGGACGUGUCAGUCCUUUUACUAGCCUCAACUUCAACUCUAUGCCCUCAAACACACGCAUGCAUACACACAAACAGCCCAACUAUUGACUGUUUUUCAAAUGAAAAUGUGUUUCUUCAUCUAGCCUCUGCUGUGUUGUAGCAGACAGUGAGAAAAACAGACUUUGAUCCUUUGCUUUUUUUUUUUCUAUCAUUCCUCAUUCAGUCCCAGAAUAAAGGGAAAGGUGCACCUGCUAUUCAAAGACAAGCUGGGCUUGUGUCAUCCUCUCCCUUUCCUUCUGAACCAUAGACAGACCAGCUGCCUUUUGAAGUAUCCUUCAUGCCAGGUACAGAGGGGCAAAAUAGAGUGAUGAGACUUUCCCCUUAUCUCCAUUUCAUACAGGUUAUCUAAAUUAGAGUGUGACUUUCAACAAACAUAAAUAACGUUUCAGUGACCGGGGGUUACAUAGUUUUUUAACCUUGUGUAAAGGUGUAUACUGUAUUUGUGUGUUCGCGUGUUUAAGAUAGAGGUCAUUCUGGACUGACACACACAUACACAGUAGGACAACUAAUUUCCAUAUCUGACACAUGUAAAGACCCGUUUUGUCUCUAUAGUGUAAAUAUUCUGACAGUGAGUGAUAAUAUUAGAAUCAUGGGGAACAAUAAAGUAAAUGGUGAUUUAAACCUUGACCAGUAGUACAAUGCUUAUUCCACUCUCAAUAGCUUCAGUGAUCCAAGGACUUCAAAAACCUUUCAUAGUCAUCUGUGAUCUUUUUUUUUUUUUUUCCCACACAGCAUUUAACAGAUUGGUUGUUGAGACAGCAAUGAAUGCAGAUCUGUUGCAUUAAAACUUGAAAAUAAAUGGGCUUCAUUGCUUUUUCUAAUACUGUCUGAUUCAUUUUGAUCGUGCAACACAUUACACAUAACAGAAAAGAAUAAUACUGCGCGGUUCGCAGCGUCUCAAAGUGAGGCCCAGGCUUCCUAAGAGUCUUUUAUAAGAUCGUGCAGCAGUGCUUUCCAAACCUUUCUUGCUCACGACCCCUUUACCUAAAGCAAUGUCUGCUUGUGACCCCUGGUCGCAGAGUGCAUGUCUAUGAAUUGUGAGCAUGUCAACUGCAAAGGGAUCUUCUCUUAAAAGGUUUUAUUGGAAUAAGUUUGAGAUGUCGG